UGGACCCGGGCGGGAAGGAGUCACAAUAGAAGGGCUGAACUUGAAGGCGUGCGUGUUUCCGGUGCACCGCGAAGGGGUUCAGUAUGGAGGUGUGCCUGUCCCCCCUGGAGUCCGCCAAGUUUAUAGCGAGCCAUAGCAAAGAUGUCACCGUAGACGAGGAGGGGGCGCGGCGGGUGGCGGAGAGUUUGUUUGAUAAAGUCUCGGCGGAGGAGUUCGGGCUGGCAGGGUGGAAGAGCCUCCAUGAGCUGAACCCCCGAGCCGCCAACGAGGAGGCGGUCAACUGGGUGUUCCUGGCGGACACGCUCAACUUCUCCUUCUGGUCCGACGACGAGAAGAAGAAGUAUCUGGUGAACUACAAGGGUAAAAUGUAUAGCGGCUACUGGUCCCUCUGUGCCGCCAUCAACAGAGCUCUGGACGACGGAAUACCUAUUACCAGUGCAUCAUAUUUUGCGACCAUGACACUUGACCAGGUUAGACAUGUAUUUCGCUCUGACACAGAAGUGCCCAUACCUUUGAUUGAAGAAAGACAUCGUGUGCUGAAUGAGAGUGGAACUGUUCUGUUGGAGAAGUUUGGAGGCUCUUUCCUCACCUGUGUUAAAAUGAGUGAGAAAAGUGCUCAGAAACUACUACGUCUAGUACUGGAAAAUUUUCCUUCUUACAGAGAUGAAGCUGUAUUUGAGAAAAAAAAGGUGUCUUUCUACAAGCGGGCACAAAUACUUGUGGCGGAUACAUGGAGUGUACUAGAAGGCAAAGGAGAUGGCUGUUUUGAUGACAUUUCUAGUCUGACUAUAUUUGCUGACUACAGAAUUCCUCAAGUUCUUGUUCAUUUAAAAGCAAUGAAGUAUUCUGAUGAACUAAUGAAAAAAUUACAUGAAGGAACAGUUUUCCGGUCUGGAGAUAAAGAGGAGGUGGAGAUCCGUGGCUGUUCCAUUUGGUGUUGUGCGCUGAUUUGUAAGCACUUGCUGGAGCUCUAUGAGAAGAAGGGCCAGGACAUGGGUGGGAAGAUCAAUGCUGUUUUACUUGAUUAUUAUCUUUGGGACUAUGCCAGGGAUCACAGGGAAGACAUGAAAAAUAUUCCGUUUCACCGAGUGCGGUGCAUAUAUUACUAAGUCAGAUCUGAUACCUAAUUACAUUGAUGCGGUUUGAUGCGGUCUGAAUUGCAGCCACUCCUUUCAUACUGUGUUUUGGCCUAUUCUGGUUUGGGGCUGGCGAAAUCAAAUAGCCAUUUUCUCAUGGUAACACUUGCCCUUUUUUUCCCCCUCUGAAUCUCUUGCUGCCUGUGACUGGGUACAGGCGUUGCUGGCCAAUACAGAUCAAUACAGAAUUUAUACUA